AUGCGUGCGGACGGAAUAGAGUCAACUGGAGUGCCAGUUGACCUUGGAUCGCUUUCGGAUUCGGCCUUCUCCUCGGAAAAAAAGUUUAUAUCAACUAGUGGAUUAUCUGCGUUCGAAGCGCUGAAUAGGUACCGGAAUACCUUAUCAAACUAUGAGCGGAAAGAAAUACUUCGCUACGAAAAGGUUUACUUUGUGGGUCGCACGACACAGAAACACAAGACGUCCAGUCCAUCCGAUCAGAACGGCCCAAAGCGAACUUUGCCUCAAUUUCCAAAUGAAAAGAAGACCAGCACCGGUGAGGCUCUUCCUGUGUUUGAUGACCAUGAGAAUUUCUACAAUGUGAUCAAACAUGACCACAUUGCUUAUCGGUUUGAAGUGAUCUCACUGCUCGGAAAAGGCAGCUUUGGACAAGUCGUCCUCGCACUCGACCAUAUGAAGGGUAAACAAGUUGCGCUCAAAAUUAUCCGGACGGAAUCACGGUUUGCGAAACAGGCGAAAGAGGAGAUUCGGAUACUAGAGACCUUGCGGCAAAUGCGUGAGACCAAUAAGGCUGAUACGGACGGCAGAGACUUUCCCAUUGUCCAGCUGUUCGAACACUUCACUUUUCGCAAACACAUCUGUAUGACAUUUGAGCUACUUAGUAUCAACUUGUACGAUCUACUCAAGCUGAACAAAUUCACAGGCCUACCUCGUGAUCGUGUGCGGCGGAUUAGUUUUCAGUUGCUUAAAGCUUUGUACUAUGUGGAGAAGGCCGGGAUAAUUCAUUGUGAUUUGAAACCGGAAAACGUGCUUCUUGUAUGGAGCCCCGAGAAGGACGCGACCUACCGUAGUACCAAUGGUCAUCCAUCGAACUUCACGGUACCACACGAAGGUCUACACCCCGAAGACAGAGACUGCAUCAAACUGAUUGACUUUGGCUCCAGUUGCUUCAAAAAAGGACCCACCUAUCCCUAUAUCCAGUCCCGAUUCUACCGCGCGCCAGAGGUUAUUUUGCGGUUAGGCUAUUCGCAACCAAUUGAUAUUUGGAGUUUUGGAUGCCUAGUAGCUGAACUCAUCAAUGGUUUGCCAUUAUUUCCCGGUGAAGAUGAGGCGGAUCAACUUGCAUGCAUAAUUGAGAUACUCGGAAUGCCACCGAAAGAAAUACUCAUAAAAAGUCCACAGUUGAACAAGUUUUUCAUUGAACACCGGAGCGAGAAGCGUUCAUCGUCGAACGUCAUGAAUUUUGUUGAAGAGUUUGACACGGGAACUUGUUCAGACGUGAACUACCUGCCACGCUACUGUUCGAUAGUGUAUCCCGAGGAUGGCGGUUCACCAGAACUACGUCCAGGUUUAUCAAAAAGGUCCAGCUACGUGCGUGGUACGCCAGGAAGCAUGCCACUUUUAGCAGCCAUCCUUCAGCCGAGACAUAAACGAUUCAAACGAAAGGAUUCUCGUAGUGUGGCCAACUUGACCACGAUCGUAGAUAUAGCAAAAACGGCUGAAGAAGACCCUGUUCUGUUGAAGGACAAUGAGCUCUUAUUAAGUUUGAUGCUUUCCUGUCUAACCUGGUCUCCAGCAGAACGAAUCAAACCGUAUAAAGCCAUUCAACAUAUGUGGCUGAGAAACUUUUCCAAGAAGACACAAGCGGAAGCCCAUCCACCUGGUAGAAUUCACAGCAUGGAAGUUUCUCGUAUGGCUCCUAUGAAUUUUUACAAUGGAGAUAACUUCACAUAUGAAUCAAACAGAAACGAACCAACUGUCCCUCAGAGACGAAGUAAGAUCACCAAAGCUAGUUUGGAUAACUUGUUCUGGAGAACACGGCUGAGUCAGGCCGAUAUUCUUCCAGAUAAACCCAACCCGACCUCGACACUGAAAUGCACUUACAGAAACGGAUCGCCUGCACGUAUAGCAAACGGCAGUUACUCUGUGAACACAGUAGAUAUUUCACCCACAAAACUAUCGGAUAAUCUUUCCCAUUCCAGCAAUGGUGGUUCGCGACAACCUCAAGUCCCCGUUUCAAAUCAUCCGUCUCUUAGUAAACGCGUCACGCUCAUCUAUCCUUCUCAUGGUAGCGAGAAAGAUAUUGCACCAUUCAAUCGAACGAUUGCAACUAACCGAAACCAAGAAAUACCUCUUCCUGUUGUUGAGAAAGAGAACUCAUUUACCAACCAUAUCAAGGUUGGUGCUCUAUCCUUAACUAGCACCCAUUCACGACCGGAGUUUCGGGGUAUGGGAUCCACAACAAAUAAGGAGGAAGCCACACAACAAGGGUCCAGUUCCACCAACCGUUAUUCCGGAGUCGGAAAUAGGGAUUCAAUAACCGGUCCAUUGACCGGGGACUUUUGCCCGACACACAACGAUGCCAAGCCUUCGGAAAACAAAGAUAACGAAAAGGUACAAAAUUCACCUGUUACCUCACUAUACGGUACAGGACGGAGAUCGAAUUCCUCUCCGCAAACUCAGCAUCCUUACAGGCAAACACCACCAACAUUCGGAAGCUUUUCAGCUGACAGGAACCGAACACAGCCAAGUAUGAAUCAGAACAGUCUGAAUAGCGUUACCACCAAUCAAGUGGUUAUCACAAAAACUGGUGAUCGGUCAGGUACAUCGUCACCGUCGAAGACAAUCCAGGUGAUUCGUCCGAAUUAUCCCAGUAACCUACAGAACGUUCGCUCCUUGGAGUCAAGAUUGAUACGAAUCAAUAACUCAAGGCCAUCCACCAAUGGCACCGACAAGAGUGGUGUGCUUGAUAACAAUCACUCACGUUUUUACGCACCCAACAGAUCCGAAGUUGCUUAUGAGCACAACUCAUGGCAUGCACCGGCUACCAGUGUGAAUCACAAGGCUAGUCCAAGGCUGCCAGAACAAAAGGCCCCAGAGGUUGCAGCAAAACCCAGUAAGGAUGGAUUAUUCGUGAACUCCGGACGUCACACACGUACAGACAACCACAUCAGUGGUACUAGUGUAUGGGCACCGCAACCAUACUACCAACAAUCGAAACCAUCAAACGGCGUGGUUAUUCGUCGAAUCAGUGGAUCAUCCUAUCCAAGACGGUCCACUAUUGAGUUUCAGCCCUUCACCAACUUUCAGGAAUACUGAAUAUUCACAUCCAUUGUAUCUACAGUAGGGAUUAUGAACUUCAAAACAGAAUUACCGGAUGAUACACAUUCAACAAUUUGAACAUUAGCUGCUUUUCAAACUUUUCUAAAGGACAUUGUUUGAUCGUGCGCACCGCUAGCUCGGUCUACUAGCGAAAUACACCAGGCUGGAAAAACAGUAUUCUGCUCCCUAGUCUUUCACGGUGACACGUCUUCUUUAAGUAUUUUUCUACAAUACAUGUUCAGCUCUUUUGUCUAGGUCUUUCUGUGCAUCCCCUUUCCGAGGUUCAACUAACUGGCAAUCGACAUCCUCGAAUUUCGGUUCUUCACCCUGUAUAUUUGUGUGAAAGCGAUCUGUGAUGUCCUGCUCUCUCUCUUUCUCUCCCUCUCUCUCUCGUUAAUCAAUAAUUUUCUAUGCUAAUAUUAACAGGACAA